AUGAGAGCUCUUUUGUGCUCACAGCCCUCAGUACCAUUAUCAUUUCUCUCAAGAACAACUCUCAAAACCAAACCUCAAAAUCCAAGAACCCUAAUUCCUGACAACAACAAGCCAAGAUGGGAAUCUAGGCUCCACGCGAGCCCUAAAGGGUUCCAAUCUUCUAGAAGCACUGAAAAACCCGGUCGGUCAGACCCGGACCCGGAUGACGACCCGCCGAUACCUCAAGAAGUGUUUGAGAGGAUGAUGGGGAGGAUCGUGGUGUCUGUGGGAACACCACUGGGCCUGGGAGUGGCAAUCUUGAAAUUACUCGAGGUUUUGAAGGACAGAAACGUCUGGGACGUGCCUUUGUGGGUUCCAUUCUUGACCACGCUCGUGACCUUUGGUUCAUCGGCUCUUGGGAUCGCGUACGGGAGCUUGUCCACGAACCUGGACCCGACCAAGACUAACUCUGUUUUUGGUCUCGAAGAAGCAAAGGAAAACUGGGUAGAGAUGUGGAAAGAAGAGAAGUGA